GAUGGAUGACAUUUGCUACCCACAAACCCAAUAGAGAAUCUGAAUCCUCACAUCAGGUGGCCCAAAAUGGAACUCCGAAUCUUCUCAUGGAUUUAUCUCUCUCUAUUCAUCAUCCUUUCCAAUUUCUCAUCGACCCGCCAUGGCAUACGGGCUCUGAAAACAGAGUCCCUGACGCGGGAGCUCCUUGAAUCGGCCCGGGAUGCCGAGUUUUUCGAGUGGCUUAAAAGGAUCCGGAGGAAAAUCCACGAGUACCCGGAGCUGGCAUUUGAAGAGCACCGAACGAGUCAACUCAUCAGAAGCGAGCUCGACUCGCUGGGGAUUGAGUACGAGUGGCCGCUCGCUAAAACGGGGGUGUUGGCCACUGUUGGAUCCGGGUCUCAGCCAUGGUUCGCACUCAGAGCCGACAUGGAUGCUCUACCUAUCCAGGGAAUAUUAGUAUACGUUUUGAAUUUGGAGGGAAUUAUACUGCCGAGAAGCUUUGCGCUUGUAGAAAGUGUAAAACAGGAUAAGAACUACAGAAGCACCAUUUUCUGGUUCUCACUGUUUCCGUAUAGUGAUAAGGAAUUAGUAGAAUGGGAACACAAGAGCAAAAUCGAUGGCAAAAUGCACGCCUGCGGUCACGAUGCUCAUGUGACAAUGUUGCUUGGGGCAGCCAGAUUAUUACACAAAAACCGUGAUAAACUAAAGGGCACGGUUAAAUUUGUUUUCCAACCUGCGGAAGAGGGUUUUGCUGGGGCCCACUACAUGAUAAAAGACGGAGUUCUAAACGGGGUUGAGGCUAUAUUUGGCUUGCACGUCGACCCAAAAAUGCCCACCGGUACUCUCAUCUCGAAACCUGGUCCACUUAUGGCUGGAUCAGCUAGGUUUCAUGUAGUUAUUCAAGGAAAAGGUGGGCAUGCUGCUCUCCCACAUAGAACCCACGAUCCUGUUCUUGCUCUCUCCAUGGCUAUCAUUGCACUCCAACAUAUUGUUUCGCGAGAAACGGACCCUCUUGAGCCGAGAGUUGUGUCGAUUGGAUACGUACAUGGUGGUGAAGCUUUCAAUGUAAUCCCUGAGACUGUCGAAUUCGGUGGGACUUUCCGAUUUAUGAGCUCCGAGAGUUACUCCUACCUUAAGCAAAGGAUUAAAGAGGUGAUAGAAACUCAAGCAGCGGUCCACCAGUGUUCGGCACUGGUCGACUUCAUGGAGGACAAGCUGAUUUCCUUCCCGCCAACUGUCAACCACCCGUCGAUUUACGAACACGCCAAGAGAGUCGGAGGCCGCCUGCUGGGGGAGGACAGCGUGAAACUCCACCCGAUGACAAUGGGAGCCGAGGACUUCAGUUUUUAUGCCGCGAAAAUACCGGCGGCCUUCUUCAUGAUAGGGACGGGAAACGAGACCACCAUGAGGUCAGUGAAAGGGUGGCAUUCGCCCCACUUUUUGAUCGACGAGGAUGUCCUCCCUAUCGGGGCUUCCCUUCAUGCGGCGGUCGCAAUUUCCUACUUUGAUGAUCGUGCUACGGUUUGAUUAUUUUUGUUUUUUAUGUUUUCCAGUUCAAAUAAGUUGUUCGCAUGUUAAAAAUCUGUUUUGAUCGUGCUGUGGUUUCAAGAUCCGUUGUUUGGGUCGUAGAUCUUGUGGUUUCUUUCAGUAGUUCGCGUUAGGUUAGGUGUUGAUUCGGGAUGUGGUAGUGCUGGGAUCUCCGUCCGGUGGGGAGGGCAUUAGUCUUUUCUCGGUUUUAGCUUUUGUUUGUUUCGUUUUUGUUUAGGUGUGUUUUUCACUUUUUUGUGUUUUAGUUGUUUCGUUUGUCUUUUAUCCUCUUCUCCCCUGUUGGGAAUAUGUUUGGUGUAUUCUUUUGUUGGGAGCUUUUGUUUUAUUCUCCUUUUAGGAGUUUUUUAGGUGUGUUUUGGUUGUAGGUUGACUAGGCUGCCAUCUGUCUGUACGUAUAGUCCUC